AUGAAUGAUUCUUCAUGUUCGUGGGAUACAUGUUGUGAUAGAGGUCUAUUGAAUUAAGGGGAUUGUAUGUGUGAUUAUGGAUUUUUUGGUGAUCAUUGCGACUAAUAAAUAUCUAAAAUAUUCACUCCCUAAUACUAUAUUUUCAUUGGAUUAUAUUGUUUGGUGUUUUUAUACACAUUAAUAAAUGCAAGUUAUUAACUUUAUAAUAAAAUAUUUGAUAAAAACCUCACCAUAUAAGAAAAGUAAAAGUAAAAUUAAAAUAGAUCUUAGAUAUCCAUUAAACUAUUAGUAGCAUCUCCAAUAAACAUAAUUUUAACAUUAUCUUGUUUAUUUAGUUUAGUAAAAUUGAUUUGGUUAAUAUUGGAUCCACUUUAGCUUUAUGUAAUUUAUAUUGAUAUAAAAGAAAGGAAAAACAAUAAUUAUAGAGCAUAUUUUACAUGAUAUUGCUUAUACACUUUUAUUCUAUAUUUAUGGAUAUUUAUUAAUUACAUGGUAUUCAAUGUAUGCUGAAAUAUGUUUUUAUUUAUCGAAUUAAGUAAUUAUAUAAAUCAAUUCUAGGAUUAAAAUGAUAAUUAUUUUAAUAAAGAAAGCAAUAAUUGGAUAUGUUAACAUUAUAAAAAAGUUGUGAAAUUGAGAUUAUUUUUAGUAUUACUUGUUCAAACAGCAGUUAGUAUAUUUACAGGUAAAUAUUGAUAUUCAUAUAUUGUAUAGGAUUAAGAUUGGAAAUUAAAUACCCUCAUUUUGCUGUUACCUGUUAUUCUUUUCUUCUAAUAAACUUUAUUAUAUUUAUUUUUGAAUUUGCUUUAUAUGGGAUCAAACUACAAAGGUGCAUUCGAUAUUAACUCAAUCAAUUUUAUAAUGAAAAAAAAAAGAAAAUACUCAAUUUAAUGAAUAUGAAGGAAGAAUUAUAAAAACAAUUAGAAUAAAAAUAAACUGAUGCAUAAUUUCAAUCUAGUUUCUAAAUUAAAAAAGUUGAAAAUUCUCCAUCUUAAAAUUCUUCAAGAAGACCAAGCGUAGAUUUGCCUUAAGUUCUAGUACCUAAUUAAAAAGAAAGAUUAAGAAAAAAAAAUGUUACAUUUUGCAAAAAUAAUUCAAGUUUUAUGUAUUAUAGAUAAGAGAGUCAUCAUAAUAUUAAAGUAAAUCAAAACAUAAAAGAAGUGAUUGCUGAAUAAACAGAAAAUUCUGAAAGAGAAACUAAUAUAAUAUAAAAUAUCAAUGAAAGUUGUUGUUUAGAGGAAUCUAUUAAAUAAAUUGAUUGGAUUUAUGAUUAAUAAGAUAAAUAAAUAAUAGAAAAUGUUAUUUAGAAAAAAAAUUAAGUUGUAAGAGAUGCAAAAGAAAAAAUUUCAGGUGAUCAAGUAAAUAUUAUUGUACCUUAAAAAUAAAAUAAUAGAAAACAAGUGGAUAUAAGUAAUUUGAGUGAUCAAAGUUAAGAUUAAACCUAAUAUACUUAAAUUGGAUAAUAAAUAGAUGCUUUUGAAUAAUAGAAAUAUUUAGAAGAAUAAUAAUUAUCUUUAAAAUCUAGUAGUUUAGAAGCUGAUAAAAAAAUUCUAUAAAAAAUAAUGCUUUUAGUAUCUUUAGGAAUAACAUAUGAAGUGAUAUUUGGAAUUAUGUGUAUAAUUGCUUUAGUUAGCGAAGCAAUUUAUUCUACUCCAAUUGGAACUAUGGUUUAUUAUUAUGUUUCUAGUACACUUUAAUUUUUAUCAUUAUUUAAUGUAUUAAAAUUAUUUAAAGACUUUCGUUCCUAAUAAAUUAAGAAUUUUAUUUGGAUUUAAAAAAUAGGAAAUAAAAAGAGUGAUUUGAAUUAAAAUUAUUCAUUUAUAAUACCUUAGGAAUACAAACAAGAUGAUGAUAUGUUAAGAAAAUUUGAAAGUAGAAUAAAUUUAAUAACUUUAUAUUGA